UUCCCACGCAGUUGCGUCACCGAGCGGCUCGAGACGACGCAGAGCGCUCACUUCACUCAGUUCGCGGUGUCCGUCGGGGCGGGUGGUACUGCGCGUUAACGUCUCACGCAAGUACAAACGCAGGACAGUUGGUACGCGUUAGACACACAAGUGGUGCAUCAAAGGGAAAAGAAACACCACACACCACAGCCAGAAGCAAGCCUGUUGCAUGCUGCAGUCUGGUAGAGUAACAGACUGCCAGAAUGGAGACUUUCUCUGGAGGUUCGGCAAGAACACCAACAUCUCAGAUUGAACUUACCCUGUCAUGCAGGAACCUGGCUGAUAUGGAUGUGUUCUCCAAGUCUGAUCCAUUCAUAGUGGUCUAUGUGGCAUCCGGCGGCAGCGACGCAUGGCAGGAGUACAAGCGCACAGAGAUCAUCUACGACAACCUCAACCCCGACUUCGCUACAAAGGUCGUCGUGACGUAUCAUUUUGAAGAGCAGCAGCGCUUGAGGUUCGAUGUGUACGACGUGGACGCGCCGUCGCCGGAACUCAGCCGUCACGACUUCCUGGGGCGGUGCCAGUGCACGCUCGGUGAGCUGGUGAGCCAGCGGUCGUCACAACUGAAGCUGCUGGGCGGGCCCGGCGGCCUCGGCACGCUGCUCGUGCACGCCGAGGAACUGAUCUCCAGCAAAGAGCACGCGCACUUGCAGUUCCACGCCAUCAAGCUGGACAAGAAGGACUGGUGGGGCAAGUCAGACCCAUAUGUCGAGUUGUUCAAGUGCACGGAAGAGGGCAAGUGGGUGCUGUCGUGGCGGACGGACGUGAAGAAGCGCACGCUCAAUCCCGAAUGGGGCACGGUGGUGGUGCCGGUCAGCUCGCUCUGCAACGGCGACCACGAGCGCAACAUCCGUGCCGUCUGCUGGGACUGGAACCGCAGUGGCACACCCAGCCUGAUCGGCGAGACGCACUUCUCACUCCGCCAGCUGCGGACGACCGGCAGCGGCUGCACGCUGGACCUGAUCCAUCCAGCGAAACAGAAGAAGAAAGGCUCCCGCUACACGCACUCGGGCCGCCUGGUGGUACGGCUGGAGAGGCUGGAGCAUGUGUACAGCUUCCUUGACUACAUCCAGGGCGGCACCGAGCUGGCCUGCACUAUUGCUAUCGACUUCACCGCGUCGAACGGCGAGCCAAAGUCGGAGGACUCGCUGCACAGCCUGACCCGGCGGAAUGCGCUCGGCGCGAUCAGAAACCCGUACGUGACGGCGCUGCGGGCCGUUGGAGAGAUUAUCCAGGACUACGACAGCGACAAGCAGUUCCCCGUGCUGGGCUUCGGCGCUCGACUGCCGCCCGACGGCCGCGUCAGCCACGAGUUCUACGUCAACCUCAAUGCGGACAGCCCCUUCUGCCACGGGGUGCAAGGAGUUGUGGACGCCUACGAGCGGUGUCUACCCCAGGUGCAGCUGUUCGGCCCCACCAACUUCGCGCCUGUCAUCCGACACGUGGCCAACUUUGCGCGCCAAUACCGUGACGGCUCGCAGUACUUCAUCCUGCUCAUCAUCACCGACGGCGUCAUCACCGACAUGCCGCAGACCAAGCAGGCGAUCGUGGAGGCCUCAUGCCUCCCACUCUCCAUCAUCAUCGUGGGUGUGGGCUCGGCCGACUUCGCUGCUAUGGAAGAACUGGACGGCGACGUGGUGCGCCUCUCGUACAACGGCCGCGCCGCUGAGCGCGACAUCGUCCAGUUCGUGCCGCUAAACGGGCUGUUGUGUGGCGAGCAGGUCACGCUGCGCGCGCGGCUGGCGCGCGAGGUGCUGGCAGAGAUACCGGACCAGUUCCUCGGCUUCAUGCGCGCCAACAAGAUCACGCCCGGUCCGGCCCGCCAG